AUGUUAUUUUCUCCGCCUGCUUUCCGACAAGAUGCCGCUGUAGCACUAGCUGAAAGAUGUAAUCUUAUCUUGAAUGGGCCCUUCUCUUCAUUCCGAAGCACUCGAGACAGGAAAAUUAUGAUCGAGGUAGAUACUAGUUUCUUCCCAGCAUAG